AUGAGUAUAAAUCCGGAAAUAAAUUUACAAGAAUUUACUCAUCCAAGUAUUUCACAAAAUAAUGGAGAUUAUUGGUUUUACGAAAGAUCGGACCUGUUUCCAGGACAAACAUUUGGUCUAAAAAUAAACAAAAUAUUAUACCAUACUAAAUCUCCCUAUCAGGAUAUUUUAAUUUUUGAAAGUAGUAAUUAUGGUAAUGUUUUAGUAUUGAAUGGGAUAAUCCAAUGUACUGAAAGAGAUGAAUUUGUUUAUCAAGAAUUAAUAACUCAUUUACCUAUUAUGUCCCACCCCCAACCUAAAAAAGUUUUAGUUAUUGGAGGUGGUGAUUGUGGGGUUAUAAGAGAAUUAGUUAAACAUGUUAGAUUAGGUACUGUUGAAACCAUUAAAAUGAUUGAAAUCGAUGAUAUGGUAAUUAACUUAUCAAAGAAAUAUUUACCCCAAAUGUCGAAAUUUGCUGAUGAUGAAUCUGUUGAGAUCAUUAUUGAAGAUGGAUUUAAAUUUUUAAAAGAUAAUAAAGAAAAAUUCGAUAUUAUUAUUACUGAUUCUUCAGAUCCUGAGGGUCCAGCAGAAGAAUUUUUCCAAGUUAAUUAUUUCAAAUUAUUAAAGAAUAGUUUAAAUGAUGAUGGUAUUGUUAUAAUGCAAAGUAGUGAAAAUAUUUGGCUUAAUUUACCAUAUAUUAAGAACUUAAUGGAUAAAGGUAAAACCGUGUUUUCAAAUUUAGAAUACACUCAAUGUUAUAUGCCAAGUUAUACUGCAGGUCAAUUAGGUUUAAUCAUUGCAAGUAAUAAAGAUUAUGAUUUAACUAAACCUUUAAGAACAAUAGAAGAUGAGAAUAAAUGGUUCAAAUACUAUUCAUCAAAAAUUCAUGAAAGUUCAUUUAUUUUACCAACUUGGGCUGAUAAUCAUUUACAUUAA